ACUAGCGUGCAGAUUUAGUUUUUAAAAGUGUCGAACUUGGGACCUAACAUUCUCCAAAUAGAAAAAUAUUAAACCGGAUUAUUAAUAAGCAAGAAAAGUAAAACAAAGAACUGUGAUAUAAAUAAAUAAUAUAUCACUUAUUAAUUUAAGUUUUCAGAUUGCAUAAAUUAUUUAAUUAUUACAAAAUGAUAUUUUUUAAUUUAUAUGCUUAGCGUUUGUGAUAUAUUUUUAAACCUGCAGAAUGCGUCCUCUCAAACAAUCUAUUGUUGACGAUAUUGUUAAAGAGUGUUUGGAAACGUAUAGCAAAUUGCCAAAAACAGGAAAACCAGUGGAAAAUGAAUGGACUGUGCUGUCAUGUGUUAUUCAAUAUGAUAUGAACAGAAAUGACUAUAAGGUUAUAGCUUUAGGAACAGGAUCAAAAUGUAUCGGAGCAAGCAAAAUGUCUCCAAAUGGUAAUAUAUUAAAUGAUAGCCAUGCAGAAAUUAUUGCAAGACGUGGAUUUCUGUUGUAUCUUUAUGAUAAUAUCGAGCAGUGUUUACAAAAUAAAAGUUCUAUUUUUGUUUUAAACAGUUCAAUGUGUACACUGAAACCAAAUAUUGAUUUUGUUUUCUAUUCAUCGCAGUUACCUUGUGGUGAUGCAUCAAUUAUUCCAAAAGUGGAAACAUUGGAUGAUCAAGUUGGAGACAUAAUAUGUUCUAGCAAAAGAGCAGCCAUUGGAGACGUAGAUGAUGAUUAUAAUUGUAAAAAGUCUAAAAUCAAUGACAUACAUAGAACAGGUGCAAAAUGUUUAGAAAAUUCAGUUCAAGAUCCAAAAUUACCAGGAAAGGACUACCAUCUCUUAGGUCAAGUGAGAACCAAGCCCGGCAGAGGUGAUAGAACACUUUCUAUGUCAUGUAGUGACAAAAUAGCUCGCUGGAUACAUUCAGGUAUUCACGGAAGCCUGAUUGAUAUGCUUUUAUUGGAGCCAAUAUACAUAAACCAUUUUAUAUUUGGUGCUGAAGUUCCUUAUUGUGAAGAAAGUUUGAAAAGAGCAUUUUUUACUAGAAACAUUACCAAUACUGCAAAGCUAAAUUCUGUUCCAUGUAUUUAUCAAAGUACACUUCCAUUUCCACAUAUAAGAUCUGAAGAAGCCAAAAAACCUGCACCAAGCAGUAUAAUUUGGAGAAGCAAUGGAUCAUUUGAGGUGGCUGUACAAGGAAAGAAAUUGGGGGUGACAAAGAAAAAUGAAAAUAUACUUGGCAACUACUUAAGUAUUUGUAAAUUCAAUUUAUUUAAAAAAUUUCAAAGUAUUUUAAAUGAAAAUGAGGAAUGGAAACAAAGAGUUUGUGGAAGUGACCAAGUAGAAAACACACCAUAUAAUGAAAUGAAAAGGAAAUCCACAAGGUACAUCUAUCGUUGGAAUGAAGUUAAAGAGUCAUUUUUUAAAAUAUGGACUAGAAAACCAGAUAUAUUCACAUUUAAGGUGAUGAGCUGAAUAUUUUAUUGAAAACAAUAUAUAAUGUAUUAUUA